CCUUUCUUUCAUCAUUACAAUAGAACCCUAUAAACAUGGCAUCAGGAGAACGAAUUACGGUAACAUACAGUCGACCAAAUCGAUCUGCCAACGCAGAAGCGAUCAAAUUGGAUCUGUACGCAUUCGUGCCUCCUGUCAAUCCAACAGAUCCUGGACCAACAUUCUCAAAACAAAAUCGACUACCUUUUAUUUUAUAUUUGCAUGGCGGUCAUUUCCUGACGGGGAGCAGAAGGGACAUUCCUCCUUGGCUUGCAUCAUUAGCAAGAGAUAAUGGACUACCUCUAAUUUGCGCUGAUUAUCGUUUAGCACCGCAUGCGGGACCUUCAGAUGCAUUGGAAGAUGUGCAGAACCUAUGGACAUUCAUUCGCGAAGAAUUGAAUUGGGUUAUCGCUUGCAGUGGAAAUGGUGCGGAAGUGGAAAGUGGAAAUGAAAUGUUGGAAAACGAUUUUGGCGAAUUACAAAGAAGAGGUGGAGUGGAUAUAGAAAGAGGUAUAAUCGUAGGAACGGGAAGCGGCGGCUAUCUAGCAGCGAUGGGCGGCGCAAUUUUAUCUCCGCCUCCUCUAGCUAUGGUAUUGGGAUAUCCAUUGUUAGAGAUAAACAAAGUUCUUACUGAUUCACCCGGAUAUUUUGUUCCCGCAAGUACACCUGGACAUUUACGACCUCUGCUCAAUCCAGAUCAUGUCGGUCAAGUAGAAUUGGCAAAGACCAGCGUACCGGAUAUGCCAAUGGCGCUCGAUAAAUCUCCUUAUGCUGCAGAUAUGCGAGCAAGAUUCGGUAUGGAUACUCGAGAGCCAUGGAAGGGAAAAGAGGAGAGCAUAAAAAGGCAAGGAUUGGCAGAAUUCCUACUGAAAGAUGACCGCUUGGAUGCUUUGUUGAGGAAAGCAUCCCCGGAUCUUGUUCUUCCAUCUGACGUUCUUCUUUCGAAUUCAAACGGCAAGCCUUUGCAAGAUCAAAGGAAUCGUCCUUAUCCACCUACACUCAUCUAUCAUGGUCAGAACGAUGAAAGAAUCUCACCCGACAGUUCAAAACGGUUCUUGGAUGUGAUUCGAACUGCAGAACCAGUUGCAGCUACCAUGGACGCACUCGCAAGCGGAGGUUUUUCGCAUUCUUCGUUUAAUGAGACAACAAGAAGGGAUCAAAGUCAAGCAACAGCUUGUGAAAAUGGUAAAGGUGAAUUUACAACCACAGAAACUGCAUUACGUUGUGUUUCGCAAAAUCCAAAUCAUACAAGCAGAUAUCUUUAUUUGGAAAUGGAAGGUACGAAUUCCGGUCAUGCUUUUGAUGCCCUUUUACCACGAGAGAUGCGUCAACCGCCUUUCAGUAAAAUUUGCCCAAAAUCAAUCGGUGAUCGUUAUAAGGCCAGCUUGAUACAUGCAGAAAGGUUUAUUCAGCAUUGGUUAUUGGAAGGUAGUGCCGAACGUGCAGCCGCACAAAAAGCACGCAGAGAGGCCGAAAGUAGAAGGGAUGGAACAUCAACGGAUUCAAGCGCCGAGAGGGAUUCACAAAAUGCUGGUGGUGCUCGUAUAAAGUUGCCUGUUCGAGGUCCUCGUCUAUAGACUAUACAAGUAGAAUAGAUUGCACGCUUUGCUAUUUGCUGUACUACAUCAUGCAUUAAUUCACUUUGUUCUAC